CACAAUCUAUAAACACUAUCAUUUGCACAAUUUUCAUUUCAGUUUCUUUGAGUUCUAAAAGACAUGACAAAGAUGAAUCCAUUAGCAUUAGCUAUCAUCUUGUGCACUAUGGUUUCAAGUCACUGCAUAAUUAUCCAUCCAAAAUCCAAUGCUAAUUUGAUACAGCAAACUUGCAAACAAACUCCAAAUUAUGCAAAUUGCAUUCACUAUCUCAAAUCUGAUCCAAGAAGUUCUGAUGCAGAUGUAACAGGUCUAGCACUAAUCAUGGUGGACAUAAUCAAAUCCAAAGCAAACACUGCCUUAAACAAAAUCAAUCAGUUGAUUAAGGGUAGCCAUGAUCAAAAGGAAGCUUUGAAUUCAUGUGCUGGUAGAUACAGAGCAAUUUUGGUAGCUGAUGUGCCAAAAUCUGUUGCAGCUUUGAAGCAAGGAGAUCCAAAAUUUGCAGAAGAUGGUGCAAAUGAUGUUGCAAUUGAAGCCACCACUUGUGAGAAUGGAUUCAAAGGGAAAUCACCAAUCUCUGAUGAGAAUAUUGAUAUGCAUGAUGUAGCAGUCAUAACAGCAGCUAUUGUUAAACAAUUGCUCUAGAUUCUAUAGCUACUAAUUUACUCAAAUUAUAUCAUCAUCGUCAUCAUGCAAUUUAAUAAUAUUGUUAUUAUUAUUAUACAAUAUGAUAUUUGUCUAAUCAAAUUGCUGCUAUGAACUUCGCAUUUGCUCCUUUCACAAUAUUUAUUAAUUAUUUCUUAUUGUUC